UCGGUCCAGGCCUACAUUUUUCCCGCCCCUCUCUCCCCCGAGAGAGCAGUCGCCGGGAAGAGAAUAGCGAGUUCCCAAGGGUUUCCGUCCGCCUCCGACUCUGCCGACUCCGCCGCUGACGAUGGCCAAUCGGAACAAUGACGAUUCUCGCCACGGCCUCGCGGUGGAGCCUCCGCCGCAUCAAAGCCCUAAAGACAUCCAAGGAUCUGACAACCCUAUACCUCUUUCUCCACAAUGGCUUCUACCAAAGCCUGGGGAUAAUAAGCUUGGACUAGUGUCUGGGGAAUUUAGUCCUCAUCAUGGUAAUUGCCCAGAUGCUGUGAAGGUAUCAGGAAAUGGUAAUUUAGUCCUCUCGGAGAAUGGUUCCGCCGUCGGCCGCCCCCACCUUCCUCUCCUUAAGGUCAAGAAGCUCUCCCAAAAUGCUGUCUUGCCUUCGAGAGUUUCCCCUCUCUCCGCCGGUUAUGACCUUUCCAGCGCUGCUGAAGCGAAAGUCCCUGCUCGAGGAAAAGCUCUUAUUCCCACUGAUCUCAGCAUUGCCAUUCCUGAAGGGACCUACGCCCGCAUUGCGCCUCGGUCGGGGCUGGCAUGGAAGCAUUCCAUCGAUGUGGGAGCGGGUGUGAUCGAUGCAGAUUACCGUGGACCGGUCGGCGUCAUUUUGUUCAAUUACUCGGAUGUGGAUUUUGAGGUGAAGCCGGGCGAUCGGAUUGCUCAGAUGAUCAUCGAGAGAAUUAUGACUCCAGAUGUUGUCGAGGUUGUUGAUUUUGAUUCUACUGUUAGGGGAGCUGCAGGGUUUGGAUCCACAGGGGUUUGAAAAUGGGAUAAUUAUAGAUGCUCUUGAUGUUUAAGAAUUUUGGGGAUGGCAUGCAUUCUUGUUGCUUCUUGGGAAGGGAGUUCUACUAGUAGAGUAUGAUCAGUGAAUCAUGUUUUGUUGCUGUGCACUGAGCAUCCCCAUCCAUCUGAAUGGUGUAAUGUUUGGUUCAUGCUCUUUUAGUAUUCAUCUUUUCAGAA